AUGGGCGCAUAUCGGCUGGAGGAGGCGAGCAGCAGCCGUGCCGGCUGCCAGAACAAGGAAUGCAAGGACGCCAAAAUCAAGAUCGCCAAGGGGGAGCUCCGUCACGGCAGCUGGGUCGAAGCAGGCGAUUACCAGAGCUGGAAAUGGCGUCACUGGGGCUGUGUCACGCCGAAUGUCAUCCAGAAUCUGAAGGAUGCUAUCAAGGACAUAAGUGGUGGGGAUGAGACGGAUUGCUCGGCUCUCGAUGGCUUUGAUGAGCUUUCUGAGGAGAAUCAAGACAAGGUUCGUCGGGCCUUGGAGCAGGGGCAUGUUGAUGAUGAGGAUUGGAAGGGGGAUGUUGAAGUCAACCGUCCUGGUAUGAAUGGCUUCCGUUCGAAGGCCACCAAAAAGGAGGCUGCGGCUAAGAAGAAGGCUCAGGCCAAAGCUGACGAGGAGGAUGAGGCGGAGCCUACCCCCAAGAGCAAGAAGCGCAGUCGUGCUCAGCCCAAGAAAGACCCUAAGGUCGAGGCUGAGGCCGACGGUGAGCAGCAGGAGCACGAAGAAGAAGCACCCAAGCCUAAGCGAUCCAGGAAGAGCGCUCAACCUAAGCCUGUAUCUGAUGAAGACGAGGAAGAGGAGGUCAAGCCGAAGACUUCCAAGCGCGGUCGUCCAGCCAAAUCCAAGGCCGCUGUCGAGGAAGCCGACGAGGAGCCUGCUGCCGCUAAGAAGAAGGCCGCGAAGAAGCCGACCAAGGCCGCUGCUGCUACUGCUGACGAUGAGGAGAAGCCUAAGCGGGGCCGGAAGAAGAAGACUGCCUGAUCCUGAUGCUCGCGUAUUCACCAGGACGUUGCUGUCUUCGUCGAAGCAUCUUCCCACCUCGGGUACAUUCUCUUACUGUCUAUGAUCUGCUAAUAGUGUUGUUACUGUUGUUCUGUCAUGGUAUGUCCGGUAGCGAUCAUCCUGUUUCAUGUCAUGUAUCUGGGGCCUACUUUAUCUGCAUGCUUGCAUUUCUUUUCCUAUUUUACGGCGUGGAGCGAUGUGCUCAGAGGGCGUGCUUCUUUCUGUUGUGUGGCAAGAAGCUGCUCAUGAUUGUUGUUCAUGAUCAUCAGUCUAUAUCUUAGGUUAUACGUAUAACGUCAUGGGAGAUUUUAUUCCUGCCUGGGCUACCGAGCCUG